GCUCGACACCCCAUUUUUCAGAGUAGGCUUGGAGAGAUCUGGCUUUGCUGAGAACUAUGCUGAGAAUGAAGCUUCCAACUUGAACUCAGCUCUUUCCCCUCCAUCUCCCUGCCCUCAAACAUCUGAAAGCUACCAAGAAUGGAGCCUUGUGGAAUGAACUGCAAACUCCUUCUCACUAAAGUGUCAGCCAUGUCAUCUGCGCCUCCUCCUCCGUCACAGCACCCCACCCACCAGUCCUCGGCCGGGCUGCUGGAUACCCAACAGGCCCGAGAUCGCUCACCGUCCCCGCUUCGGGGCAACGUGGUCCCGAGCCCUCUGCCCACUCGCCGGACAAGGACCUUCUCAGCGACGGUGCGGGCUUCACAGGGCCCUGUCUACAAAGGAGUCUGCAAAUGCUUCUGUCGGUCCAAGGGCCACGGCUUCAUCACCCCGGCCGACGGCGGCCCCGACAUCUUCCUGCACAUCUCUGACGUGGAGGGGGAGUACGUUCCCGUGGAAGGCGAUGAGGUCACCUAUAAGAUGUGCUCCAUCCCACCCAAGAACGAGAAGCUGCAGGCCGUGGAGGUGGUCAUCACCCACCUGGCGCCAGGCACCAAGCACGAGACCUGGUCCGGCCACAUCGUCAGCUCCUAGGAGAGGCCAGAGGCGCCCCUUCCCCAGGGCUUGGGGGAGACUCUGGGGCCGGAGGCAGGACCAAACUGGAGAGGACAUUCUACCGCUUGAGAUGGGGCUUCAAGGGGGGAGUGUGGUCCCUUUCGAGUGUCUCCUGAAGGAAGGGGUGUGGGUUGCUCUCGGCCACCAGCACAGCCUCUCACCAUCUGAAAAGCAUUAAAAGCAUUGAAAAAG